GCAGUCCAGUCCAUGUCGUACAUAAACAGACGACUUGGUCCUUUUCUUGUCACAAACAGUUUUUUGGCCCAGUGAAGUCAUUCGCCAAUCGCUUGCACUAGGAUUAUCAAUUGAGCAUCAUCUCAUACCGUCCCAAGAACUACCAGUUUUACUUGGCAGCGCUCCUUCUCCUUCGCUAACAGAGACACAACACUCACUACUGGAGCUGUCAACAAUAAACCUCGCCAAUUUCGAGCAAUUCCGACAUGUCUUCCCAGCCUCUCCUUCAGACCACUCCCGGUAAGCGCAUUGCUUUGCCAACCCGCGUCGAGCCCAAGGUCUUCUUCGCGAACGAACGAACUUUCCUAUCAUGGCUCAACUUCACCGUCAUCCUCGGCGCCCUUGCCAUCGGCAUGCUUAACUUCGGUGACAGAGUCGCCUUCAUCUCUGCAUUCCUCUUCACCGGUGUCGCUAUGUUGACCAUGAUAUACGCAUUGGUAACGUACCAUUGGCGAGCCAAGUCUAUAAGAAUGAAGGGUCAGGCUGGCUUCGAUGACCGUUUUGGUCCCACCGUUCUGGCCAUCAUUCUUCUACUGGCCGUCAUUGUCAACUUUGUCCUCCGAAUUACCGACAGGUCCAAGAACCAUGGCAACUAGAGAGUCACAAGACAUGACCGCAGCAGUUGCAGUCAACUAACGGAAUAUAAAGGCCGCUUAUAUGGGAAGAGGUAGGUAUGGCUCAGUGGGGAAUGGAAUCUUGGGGUGCAUCGGGCCAUUUGCGUUGGAGCCGGGACAUCGCAAAUUUUCUUUACACAGUAUUGCACAAUUGUAGCGGCACAAAUAAAAGCAGAAU